ACAAAUAAAUUAAACGUGAAAAUAAACCCAGAAAGUGAGGGAAACUGCGAGAAAGUGAAGAAGAUCGGAGGAAAAGAAACAACAAAAAGAAAUAAAAAUGAAGCACAUUUUUAAGAAGCUGCACAUCGGAAGCAACCACGAGGCUAAUCGAACUUCGAUAAAUGAGACGUUACCUUCGCCGUCAUGCGCCAGCGAUCAUCAACGUACGAUGUCCGGGAUUUCUUUGGAGAGUCCUUCAACAACAACGUCGUCACCAUCUCCGGUGACCACGACGAUGCUGCCGGUGUCGUCGAGCAUGGGGCUGAGUAGGACUCCAGCAACGGCGGAAGCUACGAAUCGAGCGUCGGAUUAUCUGUUAUUUGAGGAAGAGUUUCAGGUACAGUUAGCCCUAGCGAUCAGUGCUUCGAAUUCUGAAGACCCAGAGAAGGAUCAGAUCCGAGCAGCGACGCUUUUGAGCGUAGGGAGUCAUCACUUGAUGGGUUUAGGGUUAGGGACCUAUAAGGGUAACGCAUCAGGUGAGGCUUUGGCCAGGCAAUAUUGGGCAUACAGUGUACUUGAUUAUGGGGAAAGGGUGGUGGAUGGUUUUUAUGAUGUAUAUGGUCUCUCCACUGAUUCAGGAAUUCAAGGAAAAAUGCCAUCUCUUGCUGACCUUGAAACAAAUCCUGGGAAUUCUGGCUUUGAAGUUAUAAUUGUGAAUAGAACAUUUGACCCAGCCCUAGAAGAGUUGUUGCAAAUUGUGCACUGUAUUGCAUUAGAUUGCCCUGCUACCAAUGUUGCUGUUUUAGUUCAAAGGCUUGCUGAACUUGUAACAGGACAUAUGGGUGGACCUGUUAAAGAUGCUAAUAUAAUUUUGGCCAAGUGGAUGGAAAAAAGCACAGAGCUCAGAACAUCUAUUCACACAAGUGUGUUGCCUAUUGGGUCCAUAAAUAUAGGCCUUUCUCGGCAUCGUGCUUUACUCUUCAAGGUCCUUGCAGAUAGCAUAAGGUUGCCUUGUAGAUUGGUAAAAGGUAGCCACUACACCGGUGUUGAGGAUGAUGCUGUAAAUAUAAUAAAGUUGGAGGAUGAAAGGGAGUUUUUAGUUGAUCUAAUGGCAGCUCCUGGUACACUUAUACCUGCUGACAUUUUAAGUGCAAAAGAUACAACUUUUAAGCCAAGCAAUCCAGUAAUUAGAAGUAUCCCAACCCUUCAGUUGUCUGAUGAUGAAUACUCUAAAGUGAAGCCACUAAACGGUGAAGGCAGUAGUCAACAUACUCUGACCAACAGUAGACUUCCCUUCAAUAGGGGGUUGAAUUCUGGAAGGGCAGAAUCAUCGUCUUCAUUAUCUGGUACAAAUGGUGAUUCUGGUGUUGGUUCUUCCAGAUUAUCUAACAGAGUGACCUGUAAUCGGUUGGACCAUCUCCCAUCUACUGCCAUUGGAUCUUCUGUCUAUAAGCGUGGUCGUGGUGGCAAUGUAGUUGGUGAUGGCCUGAGGAUGAAUGUCAAUGUAGUGCCUUAUGGCCAGAGUAGUCAAGAUGACCCAAAAAAUCUUUUUGCUGAUCUUAAUCCAUUCCAGAUAAAAGGUAGAGGAAAAACAUCCCAGCUGAAUGGACCUACCGAGUCCAAAAUUGAUGAGAUUCAGAGACAGAGAAAUAAUGUAGUUGUGGGGCGACCCCCAGCACCAUUGAUGUGGAAGAAUCGACCUGCUUAUAACGAGGUUCCUCAGAAAAAGGAGUAUGGUUAUAUGCAGGGCCUCUUUCCGAAAACUACUCUUGAACCUAAUGAUUUUAAUCACUCAUUGUCAUCUUCAACUAGCUCUUCCAAACCUGAAACGGUCCAUCCUCAUGGUUUUAAGUCACAUGUUGAUUUUGAUGUAUCAGGCAGAGAUAAUAAAAUCAGGAAUUCUCUGGCUGGUACUAGCUCAUCUUUGGCAUCCUCUGCCAGUCAGUUCAAUAGCUCACAACUGGCUGAGGAUGCAAGCACUAAAUUUAAGGGAGGUAAUCUCAUGAGUAAUGGGCAUGAUUUACAAAAUAGCAGCAAGGAUUUGGCUAAACAGCAAGAUAAUGUCACUGAUUUCCGCAAUAAUAGAAAGUACACCGAGGAUAGAUAUAUGGGGAAUAAUCUCAAACCAAAGGAUCUGGAAAUUCUCGGCUCAUCACUAGAUUGUGGUACAGGAAGGGUUGAUCUACUAUUUGAUGAUACAGAUGUAGGCGAAUGUGAAAUUCCAUGGGAAGACUUGGAUGUUGGUGAAAGAAUUGGACUAGGUUCCUAUGGUGAGGUCUACCAUGCUGACUGGAAUGGCACGGAGGUUGCAGUGAAAAAGUUCCUAGAUCAGGAUUUUUCAGGUGCUGCUUUGGAUGAGUUCAAAAGAGAAGUGCGAAUAAUGCGUAGACUGCGUCAUCCAAAUGUUGUUCUUUUUGUGGGUUCUGUUACUCGUCCUCCCCACCUCUCUAUCAUUACCGAGUUUCUUCCAAGGAGAAGCUUAUUUAAGAUUCUCCAUCGUCCGCAUUCUCAAAUUGAUGAGAAGCGUAGAAUUAAGAUGGCCCUUGAUGUGGCGAGAGGCAUGAAUUGCCUACACUCCAGUACACCUACCAUUGUGCACCGUGAUUUAAAGUCUCCUAAUCUUUUAGUUGACAAAAACUGGAGUGUGAAGGUCUGUGAUUUUGGGUUGUCACGAUUGAAGCAUAAUACCUUUCUAUCAUCAAAAUCAACAGCAGGAACACCUGAGUGGAUGGCACCGGAAGUACUUCGCAAUGAGCCCUCAAAUGAGAAAUGCGACGUUUAUAGUUUUGGAGUCAUUCUUUGGGAACUUGCUACUCAGAGAUUGCCUUGGAGCGGCAUGAAUCCAAUGCAAGUCGUUGGUGCUGUUGGUUUCCAGAACCGUCGGCUCGACAUUCCGGAGGAACUCGAUCCAUUGGUUGCAAGGAUAAUUUGGGAAUGCUGGCAGACUGAUCCGAAUUUGCGGCCUUCGUUCGCGGAACUCACGGUUGCUAUAAAGCCAUUGCAGCGGUUUGUUAUUCCGCCGCAUCAGGACCAGUCAAGCUCACCCCUGACACAAGAUAUUUCAGUAAAUUCUACACCCUGAAACGAAAAUUUGCAAGUUCCUCAGUUGUGAAUAAGAAACAUG